GCUGUUCUUUUGUUUCUCUUUUUGCCACGGAAACGUCUUCCACGGUAUCAAGUGCGCUCCGUUGUAUUUUUUUUCUUCUACUUGUAUUCGCUCUAAAAUCGCAACGCGCCACCGGCAGCCGAGCAACCUUCGCGGGAAGCGCACACACACACUCUGCUACGCAGCCGCCAUACAACGGUCCUUAUCAUUACCACCAUAUCAUCUCCUCUCUUCCUUCUGCUUCUGUGCUGCAGUGGCGCCGUAACUUAUAGAAGAUUAGCAUCCUUUCUCCGUCUUUGUUUUCCUUUUUCCUAUUUUGCUGGCGAAUUAAGAUUAGAAAAAACAGUAUAUCCCUAUACACUGCCGUAGUACAUCACUUCUAUUUUCCUCAUUACCUUCACGAUUUUACAGAGGGAGUUUUUGUUUUCUCUUUUCGGCUCGUACGCCUUCGUACGCAUCUUUCUUCCUCUACUCUGCUCCUCUCGAACAAAAAAACAUAAGAGUGUUGUUUAAAAGCACUUGCCGAGUGUGCCGCUGUCCUGCCGAAAGACACAGCCACACCUGCGGAUCAUCGCGUGUGUGUGUGUGUGUGUGGGUGUGUGUGUAUGUGUUGUGUGUUUGCGCGUCCAGACAUAUACAAAGAGUCUUUUAGUUCGUCCUUUUUCUUUCUUAACGUCGAACGAUCUCGCCCGGCAGGAUGAACGACGGCGAAGAUGUCAUCUCCAACUUUAUGGCCAUCACCGGCUCAACGGAGGACGACGCGGUGAUGUACCUGUCCAUGCACGACUUCGACUUGCAACAGGCCGUGGUGCAAUACCAGCUCGAUCACCCCAGCGCCGGCGACUCCGCCCCGUCGCACCAGGAGAUGCCCUCCCCGAUCGUGGACAGCGGAUCCCCGGCGAGCCCUCACCCGCCCAUGUCCUACCAGAUGGAGGGCUUCGGGUCUCCGGCGGAGCCGCAGCGGCCGCCGACACCGCCGGAGGGCCGCAUUUUGGCCUCCGGCAGCAACGAAAACCUGCAGCGGCUUUUUGCGCGUCCCGCGUACGUCGUGGGCAGCGACAGCGCAUCGCUCGCGGUGGAGUGCACAAAAGCGGCCGACCGCAGCUGCUGGGUGGUGGUCGCCGUCGUGGACAACUCUUUUCCCUGUGAGUGCUUCACCCGCGAUGUGUGGGCCAGCGACGCGAUGCGCUCGUUGACCAGCGGCAGCAUUUUUUGCUACGAGGUGAACGUCACCCACUCGCGCGGCAUGACGAUUGCGGAGAGGUACGGCGUUGACGUGAGCCACCUGCCUUGCAUGUUCAUCGUGGACCCCGUCACGAAGUUCAAGGUGGAGGAGUUGAUGCUCGUCUCGACGGAGGCGUGGCGCUUCGACAGUGCGUUGGUGGUGGAUGCGAUCAUGCUCUUCAUCACGAGCCACGACCCCCCGCACGACCCCUUCGCAAACCCGACGGCAUCGUCGGAAGGGCGGGAGGGGAGUGCGACGGGGCGGGCCGGCGGCCAUGAAGGGGCUGUCGACAACCCGCUCGUGGUGGAUGUGGACAGCGAGGAGGAGGAGGUGAUGUCGCCGCCGACGGUGACACCCAGCGCGCGGGCGCAGUCCGGGCUGACCGAGGACAGCUUUGCCGUGGUGGCCCCCUCCCCCGUUACCCUAGACGAGUACCUUGUAGACGACGACGCCACCGACGCCUCCGCGGUGUUUAAGCUGCGCUGCCGUCUGCCGCACUCCUCGCCGACGCUGCAGCUGCGUCCUGACACGCCAGUGACAAAGCUGAUAGACUAUCUAGCCUAUCUUCUCUACACAGAGGAUAGAGAGAAGUACACGGUGCAGCCGCAAAUUAGCAUCUUUAGUGGGUUUCCCCCGCGGAACGUGACGUCGAACGAUAUGGAAGGCGUGUCGCUACGCACCUGGUCUGGCGUGCGCAGCGGUGACGUGGUGAUGGUGCGCGUGAAUGCGUAA